AUGGCUGGUAGACAUCAUAUGCACAACCACAAUGAGUCUGAUGCCAUGAUUAUGGACAUUCCACUUCCAACAAACACUUUGUCAAAGAAGAAAGUUGGCGCCAAGGGGAAAGGGAACAAGGAGAACCCACCCACCCCAUUUUGCAAUGCCACCUCUGUUGUGCUUGCCCUCUCCACUGAGGAUGACCUUGAUGAAGACCCUGUUGAAACCCUGCUAGAGCCUGAGAAGCAUGUCCUGUUGGUAUGUGAUAUCAAAGAAGACAAGCCCCCGUCCAAGUGCACCAAGAAGCAGCCUCUCAAGCAGCUCAACAAUGGCCUUGACAUGCAGAAGUUCCUCUCCAAGAAGAAGUCAAAGAAGGAGGAACUUAUUGAGGUGAAUGCAAGGAUUGUAGAGCUUGGGGCAAUCAUUAUGUCUAUGAAAGAUAAGGAGAAACUUCAAAAGUCACUCAUAGCUGAGCUGGCAAAGCACAAGGCACCUCUGCCUCCAAAGGUCAUUGCUAAGCCCUUGGGGCAAGAAGCAUUCUAUCCAAUAAAUCAAUGGAGCAAGCUGCAGUACAGCUCAACAAUGACAAUAUUGACAACAGUGACAAGGACCUUGCAGAUCUUUUGGCUGGAAGUGAAUCUGAUGAUGAGAAUUUGGAUUAGUCUCUGUAAGAUAUUUUGA